GUGCUCUCCUUCUGUGUCUCAUUCCCCUCGUUACUUCCCAGUGUAUUUAAACCCUGUGUUUCUCUGAGUCAGUGUCGCGUCGUCCCUCAAGCUGUGUGUUUCCUUGUGUGCCUCCCCGUCAAGUGUAAGUUUAUAUUUUUUCCCAGUUUAGUUUUGUAUGCUUUCCCCUGCCAGCAAAUAAAGCUGAGUUUUGAGUUCAUCCUUCGAGUCUGAGUGUCUGCACCUUGGGUCCUACUCUUGCCUGCCACACAGCGUUUCAUGACAGAACGACGCGACCAAACAUGGACUCAGCAGGUUCCGCCCGGGAAGUUGAUUUUGCUCGCAUCCAAGGUCUGGUGGACUGGAUUUCCCACACCGAUGAUGUUCGGGCCAUGACUGUGGGAAUCAAAGCCAUUGAAGCCAUCCUCGAGAAUAACCCCCACUUUGGUCAACUCAGAGGAUUUAUGGACUCACUAAACAUGAUACGUGAGGCCCGGGAGGUACUGCAAGCCCGGGAGAUAGGCAUUUUCGCCCGCUCCCUGUAUUCAGUGCCGAAGCCACCACCGCUGCAGCAUCAGAUGGAGCUCUCUGCAACGCAGCAGCGGCCAUUAAAGCGGAGGGGGGUUUCCACGCCACGGCCGCGGAAUUCUUCACUCUCCACGUCCAGCUCUGACUACUGCUCGCCUGCCUCUUUCCUCGCAGCGAUGUGGUCAGAGGAGGAGUCAGAUUCGACCUCUCCGUCAUUACCGACAACCGCCAAUAUCUCCGCUCCCAUUUCCAGGGGGAAGCGGCGGCAGCACAGGCAGCGAAAGGUGCCACCGCCAGAACCCAGGACCUCGCCAUUGCAAACACCUUUGGUGAGUGUAAGUGAUACUGAACAGUUUACUGGGUCUGAAGGCCCAAGGUCUGAUUAUGUUAUGGCUGAGAAGAAAAAGACUGCUUCCUUGGAAACAAAGAUUUCCCAUUUGGGUAACCUAAAAGACUGUUCUCCUCAUGCUCCCCCUAGCCAUACACAUGCAAAGAACUGUGGUAAUUCUGUUCCGUUUGAGCCUGGACUAAUUAACUCCAUGUCUGCUAGCUCAGAGGAUGUUAAGUCAGAGAUUAUUAAUUCUGAGAUUGUUUUUCCAAAAGCUGCCCAGCCAGAAGCUCACUUAGCUGCCCAGCCUCCAGAAGCUCCAUUUUCACCCCUACCAUCGCUUCAGUCAUCAGUUCGGUCUGCCACUCAGCUGCCCUUAGCGCCAUUAUCCACACUACCACCUGUUUCUCUUCCACCUCAACCAUUACUACACUCAGCCAUUCAGGCUGCUACUCAGUCAAUCAUUCAACCUAUUGCCCUGCCAUUAAGGCACUCUGUAGCUGAGCCAUUAGCCGCCCGGCCCGCAGCCGAUUCCGCCACUUCUCCACCCGUUACACCUCCACCACAACCAUCACUGCAGUCCCCAGUUCCUGUCCAGUCACCUGCAGUUCAGCCUUCCCCAGUGCAGUCACCUGCAGUUCAGCCUUCCCCAGUGCAGUCACCUGCAGUUCAGCCUUCCCCAGUGCAGUCACCUGCAGUUCAGCCUUCCCCAGUGCAGUCACCUACUUCACCACCGUUAGCAGCCAAGCUCCCACCUGAACCAUUAGCCCAGGUCCCUGUAGCCGCUCAGUCCCCUAGUCAGCGACACAUUAGCUCACCUGGUCCUCUACACAUUCAGCCAAGGGUCCCUAUACCCUCUGGCUCUACAGCAACACUUGCUGGAAGCUCAGAUGAGUUCAUCCUGCACUCCGCGGCUCCCACGCCGCCACCUGCUGGAGGGUCCGAGGGGCCCGUUCAGCAACCCGUCUCCACUGGAGGGUCCAAGGGACCGCUCCGGCCUGCAGCACCGCCGCCUCCGGCUACCACACCAGCUGCAGCCUCUUCAGCGUCAUCAGCUUCGCCUGGUCCAGCUUCGGCCUCCACCUCGUCUGGUCCAGCCUCCGCUCCUUCUCCAUCCUCGCCAGCUGCAGCCUCCGAGUCUUCAGCGUCGCCUGGUCCAGCUCGGGCCUCAGCGUCGCCUGCAGCAGCCUCCUCAUCAGCUGCAUCACCCACGCCGACGCCUGCAGCUGUUUCACCCACGCCGUCUCCGGCAGCGCCACCGUCUCCGGCUUCCACGCCGUCGCCUGCAGCGCCAUUCUCAUCUGGUCCAGCCUUCGAGCCUUCAGCCUCAUCUUCGCCUGGUCCAGCCUCUGCUUCGGCUUCGCCGCCCACGCCUGGUCCGGCCUCUGCUUCGGCUUCAACGUUGCCUGGUCCUGUGGCUGCCACGCCACCGUCUGGUCCUGCCUCGUCUAGUCCUACGCCCACCAAGCCUCGACCAGUACGCCCAACGCUUGAGAGCCGCCGCCGUCUUCCGCGCGGCCGGCCUCCGGACCCGCUCUGCUGCCGCCGCCGUCUUCCGCGCGGCCGGCCUCCGGACCCGCUCUGCUGCCGCCGCCGUCUUCUGCGCGGCCGGCCUCCGGACCCGCUCUGCUGCCACUUCUCACGUGGCCGGCCCCCUGAACUGACCUGUGUUUGGACUGCUUGCUUGGGCUCCGGUGUUUCCUGUGCCCUGCUUUUGUUUUCUGUUCCGUGCCCUCCGUCCUGGACCCCCGCCGCCCGCCCUGGGUUGUUUUCUGUUUGGUUUUGUUUUCUGUGUUUGGGCUGUCUGGUGCCAGCCCUUAAGGGGGGGGUCCUGUCAGGGUCCUGGGUCCCCUGACCCAGCAUGUUUAAUUCUUUAUGAUUUUUGUAAUAUUGUGCUUGUGAGUUGUAUCGUUUCUAGUUUUGAUCCCUUGCCCUUCGUGUUUCUCUGUGUCCCCUCUGUUCUGUGUAGUCUGUCUGCAUGUUGAGUUUCCCUCUGUGUCUUUCGGUUCUUAGAGUCCUCUGUCUUAUGGUUUAUGUCUCUGUGUUUCUUAGUU